ACAACGCUCCCGCGAGAUCGACCAUUCCAAACAUUUUUGGAGCAUAUGCUGAGGAACAAUGUUACUAUCGAAUUUGCAAAACAAGCAGCGGGUAGAAAAUUUGCCUGAACGUCAAUAGUGUCGCGUUUCGCAACAUCCCAUCGCAGCAUCCAUUGUACUGGCGCGAUUCCGCGACCACGUUGCCCUAGUAACCGAGAGCGAGACAGCCGCCGCAGGUAAAAUAAAGCAAACUCAGUCGGCGGCGCGUGCGUUCCAGUCAGUUUGCAGAUUUCUGCGUGGUCAGAUCAAAACACCAUAUCACACCGUGUCAGACGCACCAUUCCGCUUAUGGUUCUAGCAUUCCGGAAAUAAAGCAGACGCUGAAAGCGAUGGCUGCCUGUGAAAUAAACGUCGCAAGGCUCCACUUUUUGCUGGAAGUGUUCGAAAUAGCCAACAAUCCCGAGAACGAUGGUUUGAAGUGGAGUGUGGACGGAAGAUGGCUAAUCGCGAACCUGCCGGCACUGGCCCUGUAUUUGCAGUCGACCAUCGACAACCCCGAACCGCUCGUCUGGUUUCUGCAGCACCUGACCGGGGCCGGCUUCGUGCUGUGCCCGCAGCAUUUGGUCGACGAGGCGGAGUACAACGCACCGGCGGACGAUACGAUCAUUUUCUGGCAUCCGCGCUUCCACCGCAAUCAUUCCUGGUUCAACUACCAAUGGAACAGCGAGCACACCCCGCAGCAAGACAACGAGGAGUAGCCUAACCAAUGGAACUGGACAACGUGGAGUACCCGGUACGGCAGGGCGCCGAUCCUGCUAGACGUAAGACCAAUCGAAGGAAGAACAGAAAGACGCAGGAUGAAGACGAAAGGAUUCGUGACCGGCACACCGUGCGCGCCGCCGUUAAGAACUUCUGCGCGUGCAAACUCAACGCAAAUUCCAGUUUUGUGACAGCAGUAGCAUAUGAUUCGUGUGUAGGCUGUUAAUAAAGCAUAGUUUAUUGAUUCCAAAAAACCAACCUUUUAAGACGGCAGGAAACGCAGUGUGAGAGAGUCGGAGCGAUAAAAAAGAGAUAUAUAUAUAGAGAACGGUUCCCCAUCGUCACGUUCACGUUCAACCGGCACAACGA